UGAAUUCCAAUAAAGAUUUCGUUUUUAAUUUGAAUUUUUUCCAGUCUAUUGUUCAAUCUACUCCACCAGAAGCUUGAAGUUCCCUGUCUUAGAUAUUGAAUUAGUUUGCUCUUCCUCUCCAUUACUGGUCAGAAAGGAAAUAGAAUCUGGGAAUUGGGUUUGCGUUUGAGUGUUAUUUUUUCUCUUCUCUUUUUGUUUCUUGUUGCCUUUCUUCUAAUAUGUUGUUUCAAUUGGUGAAAUAAGUUUUUUUUUUUACUUAAAAAGCUGUCCUUAAUUCUGGGAUUAAAACUAGUUCUUGGAGAUCCAAUGUUGGCAGAAAAAACUCUGAUAUCUGAUGGUGGAGAUUGUAGAAACAUGCAUUAUGGGUCUGAGAGUAGGGCUUCUGUUUCUUCUUGUACUGGGCAUCAGUUGGGCUUUUGUGGAUGCUAGGACCUUACUGGUCUCUGAUCUUUCAGUUCUGAAAAUAAGCUAUGAGGAGCCCAAAAGUGAGAUUCAAGCUUCCACUGUUGCCACAACAAAUGAAAGAGUGUGCACAUUGUGCGAACAGUACACGGCCCAGGCAUUAGAGUACCUUGGGGAAAACAAGACCCAGGCACAGAUAAUCGAGGAACUUCAUCUUGCCUGUCAUAAAUUGCACUCCUUCAAGCAGCAGUGCAUUACAUUGGUGGAUUACUAUACGCCACUUUUCUUCAUGGAGCUUGACACAAUCCAACCUGAGGAAUUCUGCUGGAAAAUGAAUCUUUGUGAGCAGGAGUUAAUUUCUCCUCAAGAACAGAAACAAGAUAGUUGUGCUCUGUGUCAUCAUGCUGUUGAGGAAAUUGUGGUUAAGUUGAAAGAUCCUGACACACAGUUAGAGAUAAUCGAGAUGCUUCUAAAGGGAUGUGAUGCUGUGGAGAACUAUGCGAAAGAGGUGAGGACUCUUCAGGAUUUUUAAUGAUAAAUAUCCAUAGCCUUUAUGGCCAUCGACAUGGUGGUGUUGAAUCAUCUUGGAUUGCCUAAUUUUGUACAGUGGACUACAAAAUGACUUCUUCUUUACUUAUUUUCUUGAAUAUCUUGGUUACUUCAUUAGUUAGAUGUGCACUCUAUGCUCAUUCUCAAAGAUGAUAUGCAUUUCCUUUA